AUGGACACGUGUGAGGCAUGCGGUAUUCAGACGGACGAUUCCUUGGUCCAGUGUGACCGAUGCGAUUCUUGGUGGCACUUCGGGUGCGUCGGAGUGAGUGACAGCAUCAGCGAGAAGAGCUUCAUCUGCACGAAAUGCUUCAACACUACUCCCCCACCACCGCCGCCGCAUCAUAAUGAGGAUUUGCGAUUACCACCCAUCGAUACCAUGUCUGUGUCAUCCAAAAGGUCGUCAAUCUCGAAUGCGAGCGCUCGAGCUCGGCUAAAUCUAGAGAGGCUCGAAGUUAAGAAAGUUCUCGCCGAGAAAAUGCUAAACCUGGAGCUACGGGAACAAGAGAGGAAGCUCGAACUCGCCCGCAUACAGAAGGAGGGAGAAUUGGAACGCAGGAAACUGGAGAUACAACGAGAUUACGAGGAAGAGAAGCUACGUCUGAUGGAGGAAGAGCUGCUUGAUGCUGCUGAUAGGAGUCUACGUUCCCAGCAGAGCAGUAAUAGUAAGGUACGACAGUGGAGAAGUCAAAUGCAACUCGGCGGAGCCUGUUCGACGAUGCAAUCCCCUGCAGCGAACGAGGUUCUGGGCGAUCGUGAAGCACCGACUGCCACGACGACGACUACUACGACAUCUGUGGAACGCAUUACUACGGUAAGCGGCACCGGUGGUGAAACCAGCGGUAGGCAACCAGCCGGCGACUCUGGCAUUGAAACAGCGACACACUCAGUAGCGAGGAUGGCAACGGGUACUGGAAUCGGGACGGUUCGCAAGCAGCCAUCGACCAGCGCACACAAAGGAGAAACGGUAAAUUCUUUCCCACCCCCUCCGGCGGCUCAGCCCACGAUAGCUUCAGGGAUUUGGACCCGAAACGGCGACGGCGAUUCGACCAGCGCCGGUGAUACCAGCACAGCGCACAGCGUGCGGUUCAUCUCUAGGACUUUCCGGGAUGAGAUCGGACCCUCCGAUUCACAAUGGGGAAACAGCUUCGAAGUUCAACAGCCAAGUCAGAAUGCCAGUGCGGGACAGGGAUCAUCGUCGUUCGUCACAUCCAGCAAUCCCGAGAGGCAACCAGGGACACAUGUUCAAUCCAGCAUACGUCAUCAAGUCGACGGGCCUUCUUCAACUCAGCUAGCAGCCUGGCAAGUAAUGCCAAGAGAUUUGCCGAUGUUUUCUGGGAACCCGGAAGAUUGGCCAGUAUGCAUCAGCUCGUUCGCCAACUCUUCCCAGGCCUGUGGAUAUACGGACGCUGAAAACUUAAUACGUUUGCAGCGAUGUCUCAAGGGACCAGCGUUGGAGGCUGUUAAAAGUCGUUUGCUGUUUCCUGCGGCAGUUCCCCAUGUAAUCGCUACUUUGGAGACCCUGUAUGGGAAGCCUGAACACCUGAUUUUCAUGCUACUCAAAAAGGUUCGAGAAGUUCCAGCACCGAGACCGGACAAGCUGGAGACCUUGAUCGGCUUCGGGAUGGCAGUGCAAAACCUGUGCGAUCACGUGGAGAUGGGACAACAAGUGGCACACCUCAACAACCCUACUCUUCUGUACGAGCUGGUGGACAAGCUACCGGCCAAUUUGAAGCUGGAUUGGGCGAUGUUCAAGCAGCAAGCUCCGAUCACCAACUUGCGAACAUUUGCGCAGUUUAUGUCAAGGCUGGUAACUGCUGCGGCAGAUGUUACGCUCCACAUGGAUCCGAGAACGACGCAGCGUGGAAAGCCGGAGAAAUCGAGGGAAAAGAUUUUUUUGGGAGCACACAGCGGAUCGAGAAGCACGGAUUAUCCUACAAAGUCAGACGUUCCUGUAGGCCAGUCAACUCGGUCGGAGAAUUUCGUUACGUGCCUUGUGUGCAAGGAACCUGGCCACAAGCUGUUCAAACCCAUUCACUUUGCCGAACAUGCAUUGGCGCGCACGGAAAACGACCAUGCAAAGUCCAAGAAACUGUGUGACGUGGACGGGUGUCAAGCGAGACAUCAUUCUCUCCUUCAUUCAGACGGUAACCAAGUGGAACCAGAGACUGCGCACGGAAUCACCAAUCACCACUUCGUGGAUCGUUCGAGUCUUUUCCGAAUUCUACCGGUGACGCUGUAUGCCAACAACCGCUCUAUCAUGGUGUACGCCUUCCUCGACGACGGAUCUUCGAGAACCCUGAUUGAAGAGGAUGUAGUGAAGUACCUGGGAAACGAAGGGGAAGUGAAUCCACUGUGCUUGCAGUGGACGGCGAAUGUCAAGAGAAUCGAGAAAAAAUCGAUGAAGGUUAGCCUGGAGAUUUCCGGAGAACAGAAGACGCAUCUCUACCAGCUGGUCGAUGUUCGAACAGUGAACCGUCUAGACCUUCCUCGACAGUCAAUCCGCUACACGGAAAUGGUGAAGAAGUACCCUUAUUUGGGCGGACUACCAAUCAAGGAUUAUGAAGACGCUGUUCCUAAAAUCCUCAUCGGUAACGAUAAUUCACAUCUUGCCGCCGUGUUGAAGAUUCCCGAAGGCAAUCCUCAAGAGCCCAUCGCCGCAAAAACACGUCUGGGGUGGACCAUCUACGGAUCGGUGCCAGGCAGCAGUGAGAACGCAUUGAGCUUCCACAUCUGCAGCUGCGAAUCGGAUUCAUCGCUUCACGAGCUGGUGAAGCAAUAUUUUUCUGUGGAGAGCCUCGGGGUGAAGAUUGUCGACGGUCCACAGUCACGAGAGAUCCAGAGGGCAAAUCGCAUACUGGAGAGUUCGACGAAGCGGAUCGGGCAGCGCUACGAGACCGGCUUGCUUUGGAGGUUCGACGUGUUUGAGUUUCCGGAUAGCUAUCAGAUGGCCGUAAAACGAAUGGUGUGUCUUGAACAGCGCAUGACGAAGAAUGCGACUAUAGGAAAAAGCGUGAGGAAGCAGAUGGUCGAAUACCAGGAAAAAGGAUACAUCCACCGGGCGACAGAAGCGGAGUUGAAGGAAGUGGAUCCAAGGAGGACUCGGUAUCUCCCUUUAGGAGUAGCCUUAAAUCCCAAGAAACCGGAGAAGAUUCGAAUAUUCUGUGAUGCUGCGGCUAUGGUAGAUGGAGUAUCUUUGAACUCCAUGCUUUUGAAAGGGCCAGAUCUCCUGAGCUCUCUGCCCGCCGUUCUAUUCGGGUUCCGAGAGAGACGCUACGCCCUCUGUGCCGACAUCAAGGAGAUGUUCCAUCAGAUCCGAAUCAAGAAAGAAGACCGGCACGCUCAGCGACUGUUGUGGCGUGAUUCCCCGGUAGAAGAUCCAGCAGUUUACAUCAAGGACGUCGCUACCUUCGGCUCUACCUGCUCCCCUUGUUCGGCACAGUAUGUAAAAAACAUCAAUGCUGUCGAACAUGCAGCGGAGUUUCCAGCGGCAGCGGAGGCUGUUAUCAAGAAACAUUAUGUCGACGAUUAUCUGGACAGCGCGGACACUAUCGACGAAGCAGUGCGGCAGGCUGAGGAAGUGCGACUCGUUCAUUCCAGAGGAGGUUUCCAUAUCAGGAACUGGAUGUCCAAUUCAGAGGAAGUUCUUCGACGGGUCGGGGAACCCAGUACGGCUACGAAAAAGCACCUGAGCCUGGAUAAAAGCGGCGUAACGGAACGUAUUCUGGGAAUGCUGUGGUGUCCCGAUAAGGAUGAAUUUUCCUACUCCACGACCUUGGAAGUGGCCACUCAUCCACCGACUAAGCGCAUAGUUCUACGAGCGGUCAUGAGUCUGUUUGACCCAUUAGGGUUGAUGUCAUCCUUUGUCAUCCACGGCAAGGUGCUUAUACAGGAUAUUUGGAGAGCAAAAACGGACUGGGACGAGCCAAUCCCGGAGAGACUAUGUCGAAGAUGGUUCCAGUGGACGAAGCUAUGUGAACAGCUAAACUGUGUUCGCAUUGGCCGUUGUUAUUUUCCGGAUCGUGGUCCUGGAGACUUAGAAUCGCUACAACUUCACGUUUUUGUAGACGCGAGUGAAGGAGCCUACGCCUGCGUAGCGUACUUCAGGGCUGUGUACAGCGGAAAGGUGGAAUGUGCGCUGGUUGCGGCAAAAUCCAAGGUGGCACCGUUGAAGUCCCUGUCCAUCCCUCGUAUGGAGUUGCAGGCCGCAAUACUGGGUUACGUGGCCGUCAGGAUCGGAGAAAUACUGACCGAGUCGAAUGAGAAAGAAUGGCACUGGAUUCCGACGAAGGAAAACGUUGCGGAUGAUGCUACGAAGUGGGGAAAUGGACCCUGCUUUUCGCCAGCAUGCCGGUGGUUCCGAGGACCUGAAUUCCUGUACCGGUCGGAAAAAGAAUGGCCGGUAGACAACCAAGUCAAAUAUGAGACAUCGGAAGAAAUUCGGGCAUGCCUGGUUCAUCGGGAAAACAGUAAUACGGAAACGAUUGAAUGGAGUCGUUUUUCAAACUGGAAACGGCUGUGGCGAAGUGUGGCGUACGUGCAAAGAUUCCUGAGCAACCUUCGGAAGAAAGUGCGUGGCGAACCUCUACAAUACGGAACGUUGACGCAAGAGGAGGUGAUUGCUUCAGAAACCUGCAUUUGGCGACAGGUACAAGAGGCAGCCUACGGAGAAGAACUUCGAGUACUGGAGACUGCGAAGCGAGAAAAUGUACGAGCACGAUUGGAACGGAACAGCAAGCUACGUCAGCUAUCGCCUUUCCUGGAUGCCGCGGGAGUAUUGCGCUCAGAGAGCCGCAUUCUGAAGGCGUAUUCUGCGUCAUAUGACACCAGGUGUCCCAUAAUACUUCCCAAGGAUAACCCGGUUACAGUGCUACUCGUGGAAUCGUAUCAUAGGAAAUACAUCCAUGCGAACGGCGAGACGGUGCUGAAUGAGAUGCGACAGCGGUUCCACAUUCCCGGUCAUCGAACGCUGAUACGUACUAUUACGAAACGCUGCAAUCGAUGUCGGAUUUGGAAUGCCGCUCCCGUUGUACCACGAAUGGCACCGCUUCCAACAGCAAGACUCCAAGCUUACGUUCGACCUUUUUUCCUACGUAGGCCUGGACUAUUUCGGUCCAUUGGCGGUGCGCGUAGGCAGAGCGACGGUGAAAAGGUGGAUUGCUUUGUUUACGUGCUUGACUAUCCGGGCAGUCCACCUGGAAGUAGUGCACUCUCUCAGUACGGAAUCCUGCAAGAUGGCCAUUCGACGUUUUGUAGCCCGGCGGAAAUACACAGCGACAAUGGCACCAACUUUGUUGGUGCGAAUAAUGAACUUCGACGAGAAAUGGAGAACACUAGCGCUGAACUCGCAGAAACGUUCACCAACACCAAUACGAAAUGGUGUUUCAUUCCGCCUGUAGCGCCUCACAUGGGCGGGUCGUGGGAGAGAUUAGUACGAUCUAUCAAGACGGCUCUGGAAGCGAUGUACACUUCAAGGAAUCCGGAUGAAGAAACCUUUGCAACACUGAUCGUCGAAGCGGAAGCCGUUGUGAACUCUCGUCCACUGACUUUCAUCCCGGUGGAUCCUGAUCAGCAAGAGGCUUUAACGCCAAAUCUUUUUUUAUUGAUGAGUUCGAGCGGAGCAACACAGCCGGCGAUAACCUUGGAGAAGACAAAUCAAGCGUGUAGGAGCAGCUGGAAUCUGUGUCGGGUCAUGGUGGACUCGUUCUGGCGUCGGUGGAUACGCGAGUAUCUACCCACGAUUGCCCGGAGGACUAGAUGGUUCGAAGAUGUUAAACCGGUAGAUGUUGGUGACCUGGUAAUCGUUGUAACCGAAGGAAUACGGAAUGGAUGGACAAGAGGACGGAUCCUUGAAGUAAUUCGAGGAACGGAUGGAAGAGUUCGGCAGGCAGUCGUGCAGACAUCUACGGGAGUAAUUCGUCGGCCGGUUGCGAAGUUAGCUCGGUUGGAUAUCGAUGGUAACCUUGGACAGCGGAGUUCCGGACAAAGUUACGGGCCGGGGAAUGUUGUCGACUUGGGAAUCACUGAAGAGCACCCCCCGAUCACACAACAAUGA